AUGGCCCUGUUGCUCUUCAGGCCGAGAAAAUGUGUGUCCUCCUCCACGGCCUACGCCAACGACGAAACCUGCCGCAUCUGCCAGGUAACUUCAGGGAGAAGACGGACGGUUGGUGGCGCAGCCGAUCAGCCCAGCAGCUUCUCUGACUGCUCGAUGUAUCUUUGUGUCUGGCAGGAGGACUACGACGAGGGCGAAGACAUCGGGAUGCUGAGCUGCGGGCACGCCUUCCACGUUGCCUGCGUUGGGAGAUGGCUGACGCAGAGGAAUGUCUGCCCGAUUUGCAGGAAGACCCCCUUCCUGCCCACUGUGUGA